UCCACUCACUCAGGAUUUUCCUUACAAAACUCAGGAGCCAAAUCUCCCGGCUCUCAGUUUCACUAACAUCGCUGCCCCGGCCGGACUUGUCUGUUACCCCCAGGCACAUCUACCCCCACAGGAAUACAGGUGCAGUGAUGAUAAUGACGCGGCUCGUUUUGCUUUAUCUGAUCCCUCUGGCAGCUUGGGCAAAGGAUGCACCAAGGAGCAUGGAGAGUGGGGAAGCCCUUUAUGGUGGGACUGCCGGACUGAAGUGUUCCCCCUCUACAAACCUGAGCCUGCAGAAGCCAUCGUUUUACUGGCAAAAUGAAGUCGAAACCAUAUUUAAUGUAGAUGAUGGGGUUCCGGAUUUACAGCACGUUAAGGACAAAUACAAAAACCGCAUUGCGCUGAAAGAAAACUGGGACCUGUACCUGCACAACGUUACCGUUGAGGAUGAAGGAGAGUAUAGUAACUACAUUAUAAAAAAGACUCCGUGGCGGGAACAUGCCCAUAUAUGUGUGUUCCGCCUUAAAGUCAGAGCUCAUUUUUCUCCUACUGAAUCCCAUUCCUCUCCAACACACAACACGACACGAGGAGAAGACAAAACACUGGAAUGUUCUUUAGCGGGUGGCUAUCCGAAGCCGAGCGGACUGAUGUGGAGAGUGGUGAACAGCAGCGGAACCUUUACAAUGAAGGAGAAUUUCAGUAUUUCCGAAGAUGUGGAGACCAAGUUGUACAACAUUUCCAGCAGUUUGUCUGUCAUGGUAGAGGGAAACACCACCAUCUCCUGCUUGAUCCUCAAGGGGGGUCAGACCACAGAUACCUAUGAGUUCAGUAUUAUAGUAGAUCCAGAAAACAUUUCUUCGACCGUCCCACCUGUAGUCACCCCACCUGUUAUGAAAGUCUCUCUGUGCAUCGCCUCCGGAUUGGUUCUGCUGAUCUUACUAGUGACCAUACUCAUGAUGUUUCUGAAGAAAAAGAGAAAGAGACCCUGUUGCACAGAUGCCUGUAAGGGACAUAUUCCUGUACGACAGGCUGAGGAGAACACAGAGGAAGCCCCACAACAGGAUGAAGCAAUGGAGCUCGUUGAGGAAGGCCGACGGAACGGAUCCUGAUUCUCCCCCUACCUACAGUUCUAGCGUUUCCCAAGUUCUGACUGCGUAUCAGAAACAACCCUGCCAGAGCGUGGAUAUCUCCCCAGCCAUAUCUUCUGCAGGAACUGAAAGUUGCUGCCCUAGGCUCUUCUCCAAUUUAUAUAUAGUAUUUCUACUGCAAAGUAUCCUGUAGCAGAGAACCGAAAUCGUGCCAAAAAAAACAAACCAACGGAAAACUUCAGCUUGAUGAAAACAAAGUAUCGUUAGGAUCUAUUUAAAAAAGGGUUGUGAAACGUUUGGUAUCAAGCUUCAAGGGCUUUUUUUUUAUUUGGAAGGACUGUGGGUUCGGCCCGGUUGCCAUAGAGAAAACUAUUACCAACAGCAUUGUAUUGGGCACCACAGACUCUCUGUAAAACCCGAAGCUGAUGUGAAGAAACAUUUCUUGAAGAGGACCAUGAAGAUGUCUUACAGAACAUGGCUGGAAUGUCUCAUUGCUCACGUUAUACUUUUACUAUCCAGAAACGUAAUAACCAGGUUCUCAAAGUCGUUUGUGGUGAUCUAUAAAAUCCGGAGUGUAAUUAAUGGUUCAACCAGGGCAGAAAGUAUACUCAUAAUUCUUCUCCUCUGCAUAUGGACUAUUACCUGACUCCAGUGAUCACAAACCUGUAUAGAUGCUAUAACGGGGAUAAUAAUACAACGUAAGGUCCAUGGGAACGUGGCCAGAUGGCCUGAGCUUGACUUAGAACUUCUUAGAAGCUAUUUCUUCUGCAAAUACAAAGGGAAAUUAAAAAAAAAUGGAAAGGAUCAGCCAACCCCAGGGUACUGCACAAAGGAGUCCAUCAAGGGUUUGUAAGGGAUCUGUCCAUUCUGCCUCUUCGACUUUUUCUUGAUUAAGGGACCCAUCACCCUUAAGCACCUACUGAAUUUGCUGCCUAUUAUAUAACAUAAGGGGACAGUAGGUGGCCAUUAGUUAUCUUCAGCUUGGUGGCCUUCUGAAGUUUGAGUUGAUAGGAGCCAAAAAAUCUCCAUGAAUUUUCACUUUGUGUCUGUAUAACCGCUAUUGCAUAGUGCACUUUAUCACUAUAACCACUUAUUUUGAGCAAUUCGGUGGUACGACCCUGUAGUGCCAUGAUCAUUGCUCUAGUUAUAGUAAAGGUAAACCCUCGAAACAAAUGAAUAUAAUAAUAUUUAUCCUAGUGCUCUUCUGAUUACAUUAGCUAUUUCAUUUUUACACUUCUAAUAUAAUAAACAACAGCCCCAUCUGCUCGACCUCGGCCUUUAUGUCAGGAGGAGAAGAAGAACGACUUCUGUUGAUGUUCCUCUAGGGUAGAAAAGAGUCAACUGGUGGUUACUCUUUGCCAAAUAGAGCAACGUCGGAAGAAUCUGCCCUUCUUUGUCUUAAAUUGUCCCCCAACCUUCAGGCUGGCCAGAAGAACUGACCAGUAAUAGAUGGCGCCAUUAUUUCCAAUUCGGAAGAACUGACCAGUAAUAGAUGGCGCCAUUAUUUCCAAUUCGGAAGAACUGACCAGUAAUAGAUGCCGCCAUUGUUUCCAAUUCAAAAGAACUGACCAGUAAUAGAUGCUGCCAUUAUCUCCAAUUCAGUAGAACUGACCAGUAAUAGAUGCUGCCAUUAUUUCCAAUUCAGUAGAACUGACCAGUAAUAGAUGCUGCCAUUAUUUCCAAUUCCGUAGAACUGACCAGUAAUAGAUGGCGCCAUUAUCUCCAAUUCAGUAGAACUGACCAGUAAUAGAUGGCGCCAUUAUUUCCAAUUCGGAAGAACUGACCAGUAAUAGAUGCCGCCAUUGUUUCCAAUUCAAAAGAACUGACCAGUAAUAGAUGCUGCCAUUAUUUCCAAUUCAGUAGAACUGACCAGUAAUAGAUGCUGCCAUUAUCUCCAAUUCAGUAGAACUGACCAGUAAUAGAUGCUGCCAUUAUUUCCAAUUCAGUAGAACUGACCAGUAAUAGAUGCUGCCAUUAUUUCCAAUUCAGUAGAACUGACCAGUAAUAGAUGCUGCCAUUAUCUCCAAUUCCGUAGAACUCACCAGUAAUAGAUGGCGCCAUUAUUUCCAAUUCGGAAGAACUGACCAGUAAUAGAUGCCGCCAUUAUUUCCAAUUCAGUAGAACUGACCAGUAAUAGAUGCCGCCAUUAUUUCCAAUUCAGUAGAACUGACCAGUAACAGAUGCCGCCAUUGUUUCCAAUUCCGUAGAACUGACCAGUAAUAGAUGCUGCCAUUAUUUCCAAUUCAGUAGAACUGACCAGUAAUAGAUGCUGCCAUUAUUUCCAAUUCAGUAGAACUGACCAGUAACAGAUGCCGCCAUUAUUUCCAAUUCCGUAGAACUGACCAGUAAUAGAUGCUGCCAUUAUUUCCAAUUCCGUAGAACUGACCAGUAAUAGAUGGCGCCAUUAUUU